GCACAAAGGGACGCGUAUUCUCAGAAGAAUGGGCAGUAAGAACCUAUCUUCUACCAACAUUGCCAUGGAACAAGCAUUCGCAGCAAAGUUCCCUGAUGUGGACCGAACAGUUUUACAUUACUGUUCUGGUUUUUCCAGCGACGCUUUAAAGGAUGUGGACCAGGUAGCUGAGCAAGUUAUCGCAUUUAUUUCGAAUUUGCUUCUUGACGCUGGUGCGGAUCAAAACGGCGUCAAAUCCAUCCAAAAAGAGCUGGAGGAGAAAUUUCAUGAACGCGAACAGAAUGUUGAUAUUUUGGAGAAGAACAAACUUGUUCGUUUGAAGGAAACUAUUCGUAUGGACAAUGAAGCCGAGAUUUCAUCCACUCUGGGUCUCGUUGGAGACAAGGUCGACCUUGGUGCAGUCAAGGGAAAAACAAUCGAGACGCGUGUGGAUAAGCGUAAACUUGAAAAGGCUGAACGCAAGAUUCGUGCUAAGUGGGAAAAACGUACUAUUAAGGCUGAAUAUGAGAGUUCCAAGCUUAUUCAACCCGAACAAAAGUCUUACGAAGAGUUCUAUAUGAGCGUGAACCCUCUUGAUUUGACUGGUAACAACCAAGGCAAGAGCAAGGAUGUUAAAAUUGACGGCAUCGAUUUGGCUUUUGCUGGCAACCGUAUUUUGACGAACGCUUCUUUGACUCUGGCACAAGGCAGACGCUAUGGUCUGACGGGUCGAAAUGGUGUGGGUAAGUCCACUCUGCUUCGUGCUUUGUCUCGUCGUGAAAUCGCGGUUCCUACUCACAUUACCAUUUUGCACGUUGAGCAAGAAAUUACGGGUGAUGAUACUCCCGUCCUUCAAUCCGUAUUGGAUGCCGAUGUGUGGAGAAAAUACCUUCUUAACGAACAAGCCCAAAUUAAUGAACAGCUCGCAAACAUUGAGCGUGAGUUGGAAGAGCUUGCUCAAGACAAGGACGCUGAUCAGGCCGUUGCCAGACGGUUGGAACGUACUCGCGAUGACCUGGAUGUCCAUCUUAUGGAUAUCCAAAACAAACUUGCUGAGAUGGACUCUGACCGCGCCGAGUCUCGUGCUGCCACAAUUCUUGCUGGUCUUGGUUUCGAUCAAGAAAUGCAAUCCCAUCCCACAAAAAGCUUUUCUGGUGGUUGGCGUAUGCGUUUGUCUCUCGCUCGUGCUCUGUUCUGUCAGCCCGAUCUUUUGCUUCUUGAUGAACCUUCCAACAUGCUUGACGUUCCUUCUAUUGCAUUUUUGGCAAACUAUUUAAAGACUUACAAAAAUAUCGUUCUUGUUGUUUCUCAUGACCGUUCAUUCCUUAAUGAAGUUGCUACUGAUAUCAUUCAUCAACAUUCCGAGCGUCUCGAUUACUACAGAGGUAACUUCAGUCAGUUCUACGCAACCCGUGAAGAGCGUCGUCUCAACCAACUCCGGGAAUACGAGAAACAGAUGGAGUACAGAAAGCACUUGCAAACUUUCAUCGAUAAAUUCCGUUAUAAUGCAGCCAAGUCCUCAGAAGCACAAAGUCGUAUCAAAAAACUCGAGAAGCUUCCCGUACUGGAGAAACCUCAAAUGGAAAACGAGGUUGCCUUUGAAUUCCCUGUUGCAGAGAAGAUUUCUCCUCCUGUGCUUCAAAUGACCGAUGUUUCGUUCGAAUAUGUGCCAGGUCGUCCUGUCCUGCGGCAUGUCGAUAUUGAUGUUCAAAUGGAUUCUCGUAUCGGUGUCGUUGGUCCUAACGGUACCGGUAAGUCCACAAUGCUUAAAUUGCUGAUUGAACAACUUCGGCCAACCUCUGGUCUCGUCAGCCGUCACUCGAGACUGCGUAUCGCUUACUUUGCCCAACAUCACGUUGACGGUUUGGAUCUGAAUUUGAGUGCUCUUAGCUUCUUGGCGAAAGCAUUCCCCGGCCGCGGCGAAGAGGAGUAUCGCAGACAUUUGGGUUCCUUCGGUGUCACCGGUCCCAUGGCACUUCAAAAGAUGGUUACACUUUCUGGUGGUCAGAAGUCUCGUGUGGCAUUCGCUUGCCUGGGUCUGCAAAAUCCCCACAUUCUUAUUCUUGAUGAGCCUACUAACCAUCUGGAUAUGGAGUCUAUGGACGCUCUUACUCGUGCCAUCGACAAAUUCAACGGAGGUGUGAUUCUCGUUUCGCACGAUGUUGACUUCUUGGAUAAGACCUGCACAAGCAUUUGGGAAUGUGAUCAUGGAACAAUCACCAAGUUCGACGGCACGAUUGCUCAAUACAAAAAGCAUUGUUUGGAGACACAACCUAAUAUGACAAUCAAGUCGGUCUAAUUCCAUACUAAUAAAAGAUAGAAUUUUUGUCGGAGGCCGUGUUGUCGAAACGAAGCCUGUACUACGCAUAUAAAGCUUUACUUAGAACAG